AUGGAUAUUCAAAAAGGUUUUCAAUUUCAAAAAGAAGUAAAUUAGGAAGAGAAUUUAAAAGAAAUAGAUUAUCUUCAAGAACGAUUAGAAAGUGAAGGGUCAGAUAAUGGCUAAGAAAAUAAAUAAGAAGAGAAAUACAAUAAAGGAAUUGACGAAAUCGAUGAUGAAGAGAAAUCAAAUGAAGGUCAAGAGUAAGGAUCAGAAGAAGUUUCAGAAGAUAACGAAAAAGAUAUAUUUCUAUCUGAAAAUCCAUACCAACAAGUUAACAAAAAUAAUUUAUUAGGUGUCGUUACAUAUGUGAAAUGGAUGAGGAAUUAUUAAUAUUAUUUCGGAUUAGAUAUGCAAAGGGGUUACUUGCUUCUCUAUAAGAAGCCUAAAUAGCAAAAGUUUUCAACCUACUAUUCCUUAAUUAAAGGCAGAUUUGAAGAUGAUUCAGAAUAUUAGCUUUAAGAUGGAGAUGAUGUAAUUCGUAUUAGAAACAAAAAAGGCAGAAAAUUCAGAUUGCAGCUUUAUGAAAACAAAGAUCCAAAAAAAAUUAGAGAACUAAUUGAAGUUUGCUUUUCCUUGCAAAUUUAAUCACCUAGUAAAGGCUUCUAUGCUACCUUGGGAAGAAGUGUAAUGAUGGUAUUUAAUCAUCCUUUCAACGUUUUUAGUGGUAUUAUUGUCGACAUGAAAAAGACUAACUAAGGAAAUGAAAGUAAGAAAAAAUAAAAAUAAAAAGAAAUGAAAGAAAAAAUGAGCAAGCUAAAGGGAUAUACAGCACUCAGCAGUUUAUUUUUCAAUCAGAGUGAACUCUUAAAAGAAAUUCUAGGAAGCAUAAGUGGAUUCAUAUUAAACCCUUUUAACAGCAAGGCCUUAUCUGAAUCUUUCUCAAGCGCUCAUUUUGUGAUUGGCUUGGUAUUUAAACCUAUUUCAGGAACAAUUGAUAUUAUUGGUAAGAGCAUAGAGUACAAAAAAGACCAUAUCAUUCAUGGAAAUGUAUUCAAAGUUUACAAAAUUUUGAAAAAGAAGCAAAGCAAUAAGAAAGCAAAAAAGGAAGAGUAAGAGAGAUCUAAAAGAGAAGCAGCGUUAGAGAUUCAUAGUGAAUUCAUGGAAAAAGUAUAUGAGAAUGAAGACGAAGUUUUAUAUUUGAACAAGAAUAAUCAAUUAGGUAUCACCAAAAAGGAUAUUGUUUAACUUUCUUCUCUAGCUAAAGGUUUAAACCUAGAAGAUGUUGAUCAUACAAUUAAGCAAGAUAUUUAAUAUGAUCAGCAGAAAGUUAAAAUGAACAAACUACUAGAAUAUUAUAUCAAAAACAGAAAGGAAAAAAGUGAGGAAUAUGAGGAAGAUAUGUGCGAAUUUAUAGUGCUAUAACCUAUAAUAGAUAAGUCAAUACGCUCUGAAAGAAUACUUAAAGGUUUAGAUGAAGAGCUUAAUAAGGAUCAAUUAAAUUAAUUAAACCUAAAUAUUUCUGAAAAUCAAGAAGAAUAAAUUGAUGGAGAUAUAGAAGAAUUAAUAGAUGAAAUAGGCGAUGAAAGUAUAGGUCAUUGUGUUAACAAGAAGAUUCCUUUUACAAUUAACUAUCAUUAAAGUGACAAAAAAGAGCUGAAAGAAACAUUUAACACAAACAUGCCUGAAUUUAUAAUCAGAGAUAGUCCUUUUAAAAAUGGGAGCACUCCUAAAAAAGUUUACUUGGAAGAUAUUGCUAUGACAUAAGAAGCAAAAUAUGUUGAAGCUGGGUAAUUAAAAAUUCCUUUCACUUCCAAGAUUCACUUAGAUACCAAAUAAUACAAUGAAACAGAUGAUGAAAUGUAGUUUCACUCAUUUGUUAACUAAAAUGAGAAUGUCAGCAUUGAUCCCUUUAAUUCAGUAAACCCUGCUUUUGUUUCAAACCAAAAAGGAAAUCAUAAUGAAUUGACUCAAAAAACAUAGUUUGACUAGGAUAAAGAAAAUCUUAAUAUCAAAUUAGAGAAUAGUCAUCGAGUAAGUACUAGCAAAUUCCGUGAAGAAGCUUAAGAAUUGAGUGCAAAUAAAUUAAAAGAUGAAGAAGGACCUGUAAAACCUAUUGAUACAAAUUAAGAAGCAACCAAGAUUUAAACAGUACUUCAUGAAUAAACUGGUCAUGCAGAAUAAGAGUUAUAAAUAUAAGAAAAUAAAAAUCAACCUUCAGCUGAAAAAGAUGAAAGUGAGGAAGAAGAGGAAGAGGAAGAAGAAGAAGACCAAGGUAUAGCAACAGCAUAAGAUGCAAAUAAAUAUUUUACAGGAAAUAAAGCUGACCUUUUAAAAGCUGUAGAGAAUUUCUAAAUAUUAUCUGUAAAAGAUGAAAACAGACAUUCUGAAUCUCAUCCUAAUGGAGGUAAAUAAUGUUAGAAUAAAGAGAUUGUUAACACCACAAGAUCAGUUGGAAAGCUGAUUAUCAAAGAAAUAGGAAGAAAAAUUAUUUCAGGUGAUUUCAACCUAACUCAAGUAAGCUUCCCCAUCAAGGCUAUGAUUCCUAAGAGUGCUUUAUAAACUGCCCUUACUGGAACUUGCCUUUUCCCUAUAUAUAUGGCUAAAGCUUGUUAAACAAACGAUUAUGUUGAAAGAUUCAAGCUUUUGAUCACUGCUACUUUUGCUAAUUUCCCAGUUGCUAAUACCUUCUUGAAGCCAUUAAAUCCUAUUCUUGGAGAAACAUUUUAAGCCACCUACUUAGAUGGAACUAAAUUAUAUGGAGAAUAAGUUUCUCACCAUCCGCCUGUGUCUUACUUUUUAGCUGAAGGUCCUAACAAAUCUUACUUAUACUCUGGAUAUUAUCUUUAUGAAGCAAAAGCUGGCUGGAAUUCUUUAACUUUAAAGAAUAAAGGUAAAAGAUCUAUAGUUUUCAAAGAUGGCUAAAAGAUAAAUUACAAUUUUGGAUAUGAGUAUUAUAGUGGUACUUUUAUGGGUACUAUGAAGCAUGAAACACUUGGUCAGAUAGAUUUUAUAGACCCUGUAAAUAAAAUAGAGGCCACUAUAAUCACUGGUAAAGUAAAAAAGAAACCUUCUGACUAUUUAUAAGGAGAUAUUAAGGUUAAUGGUAAGGUUGUCUCAUCUUGUUUUGGCUCUUAUUUAGGAUUUAUGGAAUUCGAUGGAAAAAGAUACUGGGAUCAUCGCUACGUUUUACCUAUUAAGAUGAAUGUUGUUAACUCCCCUCUGUAAAGUGAUCACUAAAAAAGGACAGACAGAAAGUUUUUAGCCUAGGCACAACUCAAGAAGGCUUAAGAAGAAAAAGAAAGAUUGGAAGAUAUCUAGAGAAAUGAUGCAAAACUCAGAAAAAAACACUAAGAAAAAAUAGAUAAAUAAAAAAAGGCAUAAUUAAAAGCAAACAAAAAGAAAUGA